UGUUCUUUAUUUUACCAUACACAGCAUAAGAGCUAUUAAUAAGUAAUUAACGAGUGGUCUUUCUCUUAUCAUAACAAUAUAUAAGAAUUGGAUGGAGAUAGAACAAAGGCAGUUGAAAAAAUAUCACACAAUGAAAAAACUAGUAUUUGCCACCGUUCUUUUCGCUAUUUUAGCAUAUGUGAAUGCGGACAGAAGCAGUAGUUCCGAAGAAGAUUUUAAAGAGAUUAUGAAUUUAUUAGAGGAAAAGAUCAAUAUAACCGUACUAUCGAAUUUUAUAGCAUUAGGUAACAAAAUUAGAUCAAAGUCUCUCGAUAUUGGCGAAAAAAUGAAUACCGUAGAAGACCAAAUAGAAGAAUGUAUUGAAGAAAUUAAUUUUAGAGAUGAAACUAUAUGCUCGCUUCUAAGGAAAAACUUGAAAAAGUGCUCUAAACCUGCUGUUGACUUAAUUUCUUAUUUCCUGCAAGAAAAUUCUAAAGAUUUUUCCUCUAUGGUAGAGAAAAUAAUAGUAGUUAUGGUUGAACAAACAUGCCAAUCUACUGUUGAAGAAAUUCUUGAAUUGUUUAAUCCAUGUUUUAUGAGAAGGAAUUUCAUAGAUUUCCAGCCUUGCGUUGAAAUUAAAACUUCUUUGGAUGAAUUUAGACAUCAAGUUUCAUACAAAUCGUUUUUCUGUUCGAUUAUUCCAAAAAUGAGAAACUGUAUGAAAGAACAUUUACAAGCGUCUUGUCAAAAUUCAAUUACUAGAAGAAGUAGUUUGAAAUUCCAGGAUGCUGUUUGGAAUUCCGUGAAAGACGACUGUAAAGCUUGAAAUUUUUAUUUCAAAAUUAAUUGUAAAUUUAUCAAUUAUAAGUAAUAUAACUAAUAGUGACCUA